UUUAUGUAUGCGGUGGCCAGGAUACAUCACGUAUUUAUUCAACAUGUUUUAGAUAUGAUGUCCAAACCGGGAUCUGGCAAUCAAUACAAUCCAUGUCCACUAAACGUGAAGAUUAUGGUUUAGUUGCGUAUAGUAAUAGUCGAUUGUAUGCAAUGGGCGGUUGGACUGGUGCUGGUGAACUAAACAGUGUUGAACUAUACGAUACGCUAGCUAAUCAAUGGCAACCGGUUAAACCUAUGAUAACUGCUAGACGUGAAUUUGAUGCAGCCGUAAUUGAUAACAGUAUCUAUGUUUGCGGUGGUUAUGAUGUUUACAAAAAAAUGUGAAUAUUAUCAGCCAGAUACUAAUGAAUGGCAUUCGACUACUAACUUAACAAUUGACCGGAUGAAUUUUGCAAUGGUUGCCCACAAGGGGGCACUGUAUGCAAUUGGCGGUAAAAGUUACGGUGAUGUACUAUUAGAUUCAAUGGAACGUUUAGAUUUGAAAACAAAUAAUGGUAGACCAUGGUAGAAAAUAUGCAACGAUAUAGAAAUAAUUUUGCAGCUACCUCAUUUAGGGGAUCGAUAUACGCAUGCGGUGGUAAAACCAAUGAUGGUAGAUCGUGCGAAAUUUAUAAUUCAAAAUCAAAUAC